AUGCAAUGCGAUGUAAAGCGCGCCGAUGACAAGGCCGCGACACCUGCCCUUCCUACUGUAAUCAAUCUGAUAAAAGAGCACCUCCAAGUCAGGCAAAGCUCAUCAAACCGCAUUCACAUGCUGUGGCUAUUGUAUUCGCCUUCGCUACCUAAAUACUCUCCCAUUCAUCUCACAAUAGCUCGCCUCUGGACCACGAAGAUAACAAUAUCCCUAGGACGCGCCGGGAGUCCAACAACCCCAUUCUUUGCUGCCGCCUAUGUCCUCGGCCACAUUCAAGUUGUGAACGUUGACCAUCGCAACGCCUGUAGCCGGUGGGUCAUCCCGUUGAAUACCGCUCUACCGAUAUUUCCCCCGACUAUACCCUGUUCGUCAACAGUCUAUUCCUGGAUAAAUAACUUUUGCGCCCACAGCCAGCUUCUUCCCGCAUGGCGACACUUGGAAAGCGCUGAAGGAGUGAUCUUUCGGUUAUUACCUGAGCGCGAGUGGGUAUUCCUGCGGCGCUCCAUUGUGCAGCUGUUCUAUUCCACUUAUCGAGACAUGAUAUGCAAAGAUAAAUCAUACAAGAGUAGGCUAGCGUUAUACAACUAA